AUGGUAGUGGUGGUGGACCUGGUGACCCAUCUGGCGAUCUGCCUGGCGGAGACGCUCAAGACAAUCCCUAAGGCUUCCAACCUGUCCUUCAUCACAUUCUCGAGCAGCUCGUUGAGGGCUCUCGAGAAACUCGAGUCUCAGGCCUCCAGUACCUCUAGGCUUCAUGCUCCCAAUCCUUUCGAUGGCUCAGAUCCCGAACUCCUAGACACCUUCAUUGCUCAGCUUACAGUUUAUCUCAGUUGCUACACACACAUUUUCAAGCACCCAAGAGAUGCUGUGGCUACUGCCCUUUCCUACCUCAAGGGCAAGGUGUACACUUACUAG